GGGGGUGGGAGUUCCCGAGCCUGGGAGCUGCCCUGGAGAACAAAGAUCCUAUAGCAUUUUGCUGGAGAAGGCUAAAAUAGGACUUUACUAAUCGCUGAGCACUGGGGUUAAUCUCAAUCUCCAAGAAUCUGUUAUAUGCAUACCUCAAUCUGAAAGAAUAUUUCAACUUCUUGAUUUAAACUGGUACCAAUUUCAGGUUCCAGCCUUUUGCAGCAUUGUUUGAUGGAAGGACACGAAGCAAAUCAAAAUCACGGACACAUGACAACCAUCGAGGCUCAUGCGGUUGCCCAGCAGGUCCAGCAGGUACAUGUGGCCACGUACACAGAUCACAUCAUUCUUAGCGGGGAGGAUGACUCGCCCUCAUCGCCUGAAGAGACCUCCUUUGACGAUUCUGACAUCCUAAACUCAACCAUCACAGAUGAGGUUACGGCCCAUCUUGCUGCAGCAGGUCCGGUUGGAAUGGCAGCAGCUGCUGCUGUGGCAACGGGCAAGAAACGGAAGCGCCCCCAUGCUUUUGAGUCCAACCCAUCAAUACGCAAAAGGCAGCAGACGCGCUUGCUACGCCCCAAUGGUGUAGUUAGUAAAUACACUGCCCAGAGCCUGGCCGUGCAUCAGGAAGAUCCCUGCUUCAAAUCCACGUCUGUAACUGAAAAACUACGAGCUACUUUGGACGAAUACACAACCAGAGUUGGUCAGCAGGCGAUUGUGCUCUGUAUCUCCCCAUCCAAACCAAACCCCGUCUUUAAAGUGUUUGGAGCUGCUCCUCUGGAGAAUGUGGUACGCAAGUAUAAAAGUAUGAUCCUGGAAGACCUGGAGUCAGCACUAGCAGAGCAUGCUCCCCCACCCUCGGAGCUUAAUUCCGACCUUCCACCGCUCACCAUCGAUGGAAUCCCAGUCUCUGUAGACAAAAUGACGCAGGCGCAACUCCGAGCUUUUAUUCCAGAAAUGCUGAAGUACUCAACGGGCCGUGGGAAACCUGGCUGGGGGAAGGAGAGCUGCCGGCCUUUGUGGUGGCCCGAUGACAUACCAUGGGCCAAUGUUCGCAGUGAUGUUCGUUCAGAGGAACAGAAACAGCGGGUAUCCUGGACACAGGCGCUGAGGACGAUAGUUAAGAACUGUUACAAACAGCAUGGGAGAGAGGAUUUGUUGUAUGCUUUUGAAGAUCAGCAGACUCACCCACAGACACACAUUGCCCAUCUCGUCCCUUCUCAGACUGUGGUACAGACAAUCAGUAACCCAGAUGGGACAGUCUCCCUUAUACAGGUUGGCACGGGUGCAACAGUUGCGACUCUGGCCGAUGCAUCUGAGCUCCCGGGAACGGUAACUGUUGCUCAGGUGAAUUAUUCCACUGUACAGGAUGGAGAGGUGAGGACAGCAAUUGCUCAUGCGCUCUUCGGGAAGGUUGAGCAGAAUUGGACCACGUUGCAAGGUGGGGAAAUGGCGAUCCAGACGACGCAAGCUUCUGAAGCCACACAGGCUGUGGCCUCUCUGGCAGAGGCUGCGGUGGCUGCAUCCCACGAGAUGCAGCAAGGGGCCACUGUUACCAUGGCGCUGAACAGUGAGGCUGCUGCUCAUGCUGUCGCCACGCUUGCAGAAGCCACUCUUCAGGGCGGAGGUCAGAUUGUGCUGUCGGGAGAGACCGCUGCAGCUGUUGGUGCGCUGACUGGGGUUCAAGAUGCUAAUGUGGCCUUGUACGUUCCUGUAAAGGUUGCCGCUUCCCAGUUGACCGCUGUCUGCCGCAGUUCCAUGGGCAGCAAGCAACAGAAAGCCCUUGAGUUCAACAAACUGGAUCGAGAAAUCAGUAUUGGCCUGGUGCAAAUUCCAGUGAGCAUGUACCAGACUGUUGUGACCAGCUUGGCCCAGGGCAACAGGCCUGUGCAGGUUGCAAUGGCCCCUGUCACCACUCGAAUGACAGAAAUUCAGUCAUCUGGGGUAACAAUGGACGGUCAAGCAGUGGAGGUGGUGACGCUGGAACAGUGAGGACUUAACCAGUGGCAAAACAACUUUUCAUGUACUUACGUCCAGCUUUGGAGUCCAGCAAUCGGGUGUCUUGUGUGUCAACAGUUGGCCAUAAAAGUAAAAGUAGGCCAUGACAUGUGGCUUUAGUGUUUGAGAGAGAAAAGGUAACGGAAGGACCUCUCAUCUCUAAUAUUAUCUUCAAAGAGAUUUCAAGCUCUUGUAUUUACUGUUUUAUAUGGGGUGGGUGGGCCAAAGGAAGGAAAAUGGAAAAUCAGACCUAUUUGUAUGCGUUUCUCUGUAUUUAUGCACAAAGUGUUUGUGUCUUUGACUGAAGAUGGCAAAGUUGUCUUGUUUAUUAGUGAUCUUGAUUGGGGAACUUUAUAAUUGUGGUUCCAGAGGUUUGGAAUGACAUGGGUGUGUGGAACUAGGGGCGGAUCUCAGCAUUUUCCAUUUUAAUAAAAGUUGGCGCAGAAACCAGAACAACGAUCCUUUUACCUACUAAUCUCUGGUUGGUGUGCAGAUUUUUACUUUAUUGCUCUUUCACUUGUUUUAAAUAUUCAAUUAAAGCAGAAAGUUAUACAUCCCUUGUCUCCGCUGUGUUCAACUCCACAGCAUGGGAGUGGGUUAAUCACCAUUCUCCCUUCCUAUCACUCCCCAGUGACCCCUGUUUGUGUGUAUAAACCUGUAUAUUUAAUGUAUGUUAGAUACAUAUAUACAUACAUAGAGCAGUACAGCACAGGAACAAACCCUUAAGCCCACAAUGUCUGAGCCGAAUGUGAUGCCAAGCCCAACAAUAUCUGCCUGCACAUAAUCCAUAUCCAUUCUCUCCAUAUCCAUGUGCCUAUCCCAAAGUCUUUUAAAUGAAGGUAUCCUAUCUGGCUCCACCACCACCCCCGGCAAACACCAUUUGUGUAAAAACUUGCCCUGCACUCUCCUUUAAACUUUGCUCUUCUCACCUUAAAGUGGUGCCCUCUAGUAUUUGAUAUUUCUAUCUUGGGAAAAUGGAUGUCCUUUAAAAGUUGCAGGGGAUCUAAGACAUAAGUAGUAUGAGGUUGAGUUCAUCUUUCGAUCACACUCUGCUCUGGAUUCCCACACGAACGUCUUCAGGUUUUGAGUCCAGGAAGGCCACUUCUUUGGCCAGAGGGUUGAAAACACCAUCCAGAACCUUUGGGGAAAGGAGAGGGGCCAAAAAACUGGUAGGAGUUUGAGAAAUGUGAAGUCAGACAGGGUCCAUGCAAAGGGUCAAAGCAAACUAGACCAAGGAAUUGCAGAUGCAAGUCAAGUCACAUUUAUUUAUAUAGCACAUUUAAAAAAACAACUCUCGUUGGCCAAAGUGCUUUACAUUUGUUAUAAGAAUAGUAUAAACAAACAAACUACAUAUAUAUAUAUACAUAUAACCCUCGCUCAGUGGACAUCAGGAAAGGCUUGGGAGUAUAGAUUAGAUUUUAGCCUUGACUUAAAGGAGUCGAUGGAGGGGGCAGUUCUGAUGGGAAGGGGGAUGCUGUUCCACAGUCUAGGAGCUGCAACCGCAAAGGCGCGGUCACCCCUAAGCUGAUGCCCAGACCGCGGGAUAUUCAGCAGCCCCAAGUCGGCCGAUCCGAGGGACCUGGAGGUGGAGUGGUGGGUGAGGAGACUCUUAAUGUAGGAGGGGGCAAGCCCAUUGAGGGCUUUAUAGACAGAGGAGGGACUUGAAAUGUAUACUGAACCGCACAGGGAGCCAGUGGAGAGAGGCCAGGAUCGGGGUGAUGUGGUCCCUUUUUCGGGUGCCUGUCAGGAGUCUCGCUGCGGCGUUUUGGACCAGUUGCAGGCGGGACAGGGAAGGUUGGCUGAUGCCAGUGUAAAGAGAGUUGCAGUAAUCUAGGCGGGAGGAGAUAAAUGUGUGGAUGAUCUUUUCGAGGUCAUCAAAGUGGAGGAAUUGUUUAAUUUUGAUGCAGGGUUCUUGAGCACAACACAAACUGUUCGGAGAGCUCUGCGGAUCAGGCAACUGGAGGGAAUGUACAGGCUCCUUUUUCAGACACUGAUUACUUUUAUUGAUUAUAAUUUUCCAUGAACUUCAUUCAUUUCCCGCCAGUUCCCCAAGUAACAGAUGUAAAGCCCAAGUUCCACCAGGGCUAAUAUCUAUAAAGAAAUGUGUUGCAGUAAACAUUGGACACAAAGGUACCAAUUUGCAGGUUUUCAACACUGCCAAGGACUAAGACUCUAGGUCAGGAGAGAGGGACAGAUUCUCGUCCACCCUCUCCUGCCAUGUUCACAAAAUGAGCAGUCAAGAAGGAAGUUGAGAAUAUUUGCUGUGAAUUGAAUUAAAACCACCCAAUGAAUAACAGUAAGGAUACAACUACAACUUGCACUUGUAUAGUGCCUUUAACAUUAGUAAAUAGACCAAGGAAGAGAAAGUAGGCAGCUGAUCAAUAAUGGAGCCUUGGGUUAACAGAAUACUCUCACUUGUAACAUUUAGGAAACUCUGGUUGGUUUCCAUGCAAAUUAAUAUGCAGGACACAAUUGUUCCAUCCCUUUAUGUUAACCCACAAAUUCAUAUAAAUGAACGUGAUACAUAUUUUAGAUUUCCAUUGAAGCACAUUUGUCAAACUGCAUGAAUGGUAAGAUGGCUAUUCAAAGCCCUGGUAUUGUGGUCUGCAACUUGUUCCUGGUGUUUUUCUGGAGAGAAAAAAACUUUCAGUUGUGGAAUUUAUUUUCUAAAUGAAUCGACGAACUCAAAUAAGUAAAAUUAGAAGUGAAGCUAAGAGUUAAAUAUGGACUUUAUUUGGCAUUGUCCAAAAGACCUGGACAAAUGAAAGACAAUGUGUUGUAUUAGUGACUGGGGCAAGUGAUGGAAUUACUCUCACUCAUCCUGAUAUUUCAGAAGCAAAGAUAUCAAUGAUCUUGUUGCAUGGUGUAGAUGCUGUUGUCCAUACCUAGUGAUGCAUGCAAGGUAUUGUGACACAGUGAUUAAUUCUCCUCUGUAGUUAUGGGUAAGUGAAGAGAGCUUAAUAAAGUCAAAAUACUGUGGAGCUGGAUGUUAUUUAAGCUACUUUGGUAUUCCUUGUCAUUAACUUUUCUUGGUCUUGGAACAAGACUGGGAAACUGCACUGCCAUGUUGUCACUGGGGUUACUUGAUGCUUGCCCAGUGUUCUGUCAGGAAAAAUAAAUUGCACUUAAGAUAAGGUGCCAAUUUGCUUUUUGUGCACUACAUUACUUUGUCACUCAUUGAAAUGAUCGACAUGUGCCACAACCAAGCUUCUUCACCUUCGUGUUGAGAACCCUUCUCCGGUUCAUUAUUUGGGAGGAUAGAAAAUCUGCAGUGAGAUAGCUGGAUUUUGGAUGUAGAACAUGUGAUGGUUUUCCACAAUUUUCAUCACACUUUAUUAAAAUAUUAUUCAGCAUAACAUUGUACUUAAUUUCCCAUUCCCCUUCAUGAAGAAUCGAUAAAGCUCUAUCAUUAGGUGUAUUGAGACCAUAACAGCGCUGGUUAAAAUCCAUACAAAAGCUUGUUGACUUUGGGUUCUGGUUAGUGAGUGGGAUUAUUAGGAGAAGGGGCUUAGGGCAUAAGUUUGUAGCCACAUAAAUGUGUUCCAGUAAUUGUGAAAAGCAACCCUAUUCAACAAGCUGGAAUAGAUUGAAAAGGACUCCUAUAAAUUUUAAAAUUCCUAUUUGUUCACUGAUAUUUUAUUCAAAUAGUAAAGUGUACCAAUGGAUACUGCAGAAGGUGGCCACAUUAUUACAAGGUGACAUUGCAAAGAUUGGAUCUUCAUGUAGAUACAAAUACUGUAUAUAUGAUAAAGAAAACAUUCUUUUAAUUGCUGAAAGUGACUGCAGGUCAUAGAACUACUAUGGUUUGUUUGCUACCAUAUUUAUUCCCCUUGGAUACUCUUGAAAAUGUAUUUGAAUGAAGUAAUUUGCAUUUGAUUUUGUUUGCCAUGUUUUUUUUUUUUUGUUUGUUUGGGAAAUGUGAUUUGCCAACUAAACACCGACAGCUUUUUUAUGGACUUAGCAAGUUCAUAGUGUGUAAUAAAGAUGUUAAUAAUCCUGGUAAGUUGGAGGUUGAUGGCCUUUGCCUCGUUUAUUGCAGUCACACAGUGCUCUUUGCUGUAGCGGCAUUGGCCAAGAAACGUAGAGUGAAUAAAGUAGAUAUCCAGUCUU